UAACCUAUUGUCUAAGGGAAGGAAUUGUUAGAGGUGCUCACUUCACAUGCCAUGCGUCGGUAAUCAACAUAACUGAGGCAUUAAACUUACGCUUCCAUAUGCACCAAACACACACAAUUUUAUAGUUAUGGUGGAAACCGAUAGUAGUGACGCCGAUGUGGCCGCACGAGAAGAGGAGCUCUGUGCACUUGAAGCCAUCUUCGGAGAGUCUGUUAGCGUCCGGCCUGAGGAGUCAAUAGUCGAGGUGCGGCUACCUCAUCCCCACGGCGGCACCCAAGAAGUGACCCUGCGGGUUUCGCUCCCCAGCGACUACCCCAGCACCUCCUGCCCCAUCCCCGAGCUGUACGGCAGCCACCUCUCGGAUGACGUACUCACCUGGACCGCCCGGCAGCUAGAGGGCAUGUUUGUCCCAGGCGAGGUGGCGCUGUACAACUGGGUUGAGUGGCUGCGGGAGCAGGAGGAGCUGCUGUGGAGCUUGCCGGCAGCACCUCCCGCGGCUGGGGCGGGGGCAGGAGGGGCUGGAGGAGGGGAGGCGGAUGCGGGGGACGGCGAGGAGGGCAGCGGCAGUGCCUCUAAAAAGCAAGCGGCUGGGAAGCACGAGGGUGCGGUCCGCGAGGCGGAGGUUGUGGAGCUGCUUCGAUCGCUGCGGGUGACCAGCGGGGAGCCGCACGUGGAGAAGAAGUCCACAUUCCAGGCCCACGUAGCCCCCGUCAGCAGCUUCCAGGAGGUGCGGGCGGUGAUGGACGCGCUGCUGAGUGUGUCCAAGAUCCGAGCCGCCACCCACAACAUCAUGGCUUACCGCAUACACAACCCAGCGGGGGGUGCGGCGGGGGGAGCAGGCAGCUUCCUGCAGGACUACGACGAUGACGGUGAGACGGCUGCAGGCGGCCGGCUGCUUCACCUGUUGCAGGCCGCCGACGUGCGCAAUGUGGUGGUGGUGGUGUCGCGGUGGUUCGGCGGUGUGCUCAUGGGCCCGGGGCGCUUCACGGCGAUCAACAACACCGCACGAGUGUUGUUGGAGCAGAUGGG